AUGGUUGUCGAAUUAUUGAACAUAAAUGGCAUAAUGAAGUCCCACACUAUCAUUCCAAUUAUUGGUGACGGAGUUUGCCUGUUUAGGGCAAUAUCUUUUGUGUUAUAUGACACUCAAGAUAAGGCCCAAGAAGUACGUAAAAAGAUAGUAACCCAUGUGAUAAAUAAUUGGGAAGAUUAUUCAAUAAUGUCACAUGAUAGUGAUGGAAAUAAUUAUCGUAGUUCUGCUGACUACUUUAGUGAUAUGUUAAAAUUUAAUACUUAUGGAGGUUUAUGUGAGCUGGUGGCAGCCGGACAAUUAUUUUUGGUAUUUAUUGAGGUGUACCUCAAUGGUGAACUGUAUGAAAAAUUUGGUUCAGAAAGGAACCCCGUAAAGAUAUUUCGUUUUAGUUCUAUGCAAAACCUAUCUAAUGGGCAUUUUGAUGUUUAUUUACCAUAUGAAGAUGAAUUGACUAACUCUGUAUCUGAUGAGUUUGAUAACAUACCCAGCUCUCAGAAGCAUACUAAAAAACGACGGAAGAGAUUUACAAAUAAUAUCAGAAAAAAACAGCUUAUACAAUCUGCUACUAAAUAUCAGCUCAAAAAUAAAGAAGUUCAUAAAGUAGCAGCAGCCAAGUAUAAAAAAAAAAAUCCAGAAGUAAAUAGAGUGCAAGUUCAUAGAUAUGAACAAAAUAAUCCAGGAGGACGAUCAGAGAGGCGAAUCCUUCCAUGGAAAAUAAAAGCUUUUUCCGGCAUGAAAUAUGAAUCGGAAAUAGCUUAUGAGACGGAUGAAACUGUAUCUUUGGGUACUAUGAGUCAUAAAUGCGUAUACUGCGAUGCUCUUAAAUUCAAAGAAGAGGCGCCUGGAAUGUGUUGUAGUGCCGGUAAAGUACAACUUCCGUCUUUUUUACCUCUUCCUAAACCUCUUUACAGUUUGAUUAUGGGGUUCCAUCCUGAUCACAAAAAUUUCAUGGACCGUAUUAGAAAAUACAAUAACUGCUUCCAAAUGACAUCUUUUGGAGCGAAACAAAUUAUCGAAGAUGGAUUUAUGCCCACAUUCAAAGUGAAAGGUCAGGUGUAUCAUUUAAUUGGUAGUUUGCAAGCUUUACCUCAACAAAACCCUCAAUUUCUACAGAUUUAUUUCGUUGGAGAUGAUGAGAGAGAAACACGCUUAAGAUGUAGCCACUUCGCUGAUGUAAAGCAAAGCCUGGUAAAACAAUUACAAGCGAUGUUGCACCAUAAUAACCCAUACAUAAAGGACUUGAAAACCACACUCGAAAGAGUACCUCAAAAUAGUAAAAACUUUGAAAUUAUAAUACACGCUGAUAGAAAACCUGAUAAUGCUCACAGAGGACGUUAUAAUGCACCAAUAACAAGUGAAGUAUCAUUGGUCAUAGUUGGACAACAGUUUGAAAAACGAGAUAUUGUGUUACAAAGUCAUGAUAACAAAUUGCAACGUAUUAGUGAAUUGCACCGUUCAUACGAUACACUUCAGUACCCGUUACUUUUCUGUCAUGGGGAGGAUAGUUAUUCCAUUAAUAUCUCACAGAUUGAUCCAAAAACUAAAUUACCACUUCAGAAAACAGUUUCUGCAUCGCAAUUUUAUUCUUACCACAUCAUGAUUAGACAAACGGAAAUCAACCAUUUACUGUACUUUAGAUCACUUUUUAAUCAAUAUUUAGUUGAAAUGUACGCUAAAAUUGAAACAGAGCGCUUAAAUUUUAUUAAAAACAAUCAAAUGCAACUCAGAGCUGAUAAUUACAUACAUCUCAGAGAUGCUAUUGGGAGACAAGAUACCGAUCUUACCCAUCUUGGUCAGAUGGUAGUUCUUCCGUCGUCUUUUACUGGCUCACCACGGUAUAUGCAUGAAAAAACUCAGGACGCCAUGACAUACGUUCGUCAUUACGGUCGUCCUGAUUUAUUCAUAACUUUCACAUGUAAUUCUCGAUGGAGAGAAGUUUCAAAUGCAUUACUUUCUGAACAAAAGUCCUACGAUCGUCAUGAUAUUAUAGCUAGGAUAUUUCAUUUAAAAGUCAAGACGUUAAUGAAAUUGUUAACAAAAGGGAAUUUGUUUGGGGAAGUGCAAUGUUUUAUGUAUUCGGUCGAAUGGCAAAAACGUGGUUUACCACACAUACAUAUUUUGUUAUGGCUAAAACAGCGCAUUUCUCCAGAUAAAUUAGAUUGUAUCAUUAGUGCGGAAAUACCUGAUCCUGAAAAAGAUUCUCUCCUUUACGAUAUUAUCAAAGCCAAUAUGAUCCAUGGGCCUUGCGGUAAUUCAAACAAUAGAUCACCCUGUAUGGAGUCAGGUAGCUGUAGCAAGAAGUAUCCUAGAACUUUCAUUCGAGAAACACAGAUAGGAGACGACGGGUAUCCAAAGUAUAGGCGAAGAGCUCCAGAAAAUGGUGGUUUUACUGUUGAAAUAAAUGGUAAUACACUUGAUAAUCGUUGGGUAGUACCGUAUAACCCAGUGCUUUCACGUACAUUUGGUGCUCAUAUUAAUGUAGAGUACUGUAACUCUGUAAAAUCUAUAAAAUACAUUUGUAAAUAUAUUACAAAAGGAAGUGAUCAAGCAGCAUUUGGUUUUGAAAAUGAUAAUGAUGAAGUCAAGCUUUAUGAAAGUGGUCGAUAUAUCAGCAGCUCUGAGGCUGUAUGGAGAAUUCUGGCUUUUCCUAUCCACGAGAGAUUUCCAACAGUCUUCCAUCUUUCCGUGCAUUUAGAAAAUGGCCAGCGUGUUUAUUUCAACCCUAAUGACUCCAGUCGUUUAACAGACAUGAUUAACAAUCCACCAAAAACUACUCUUUUAGCAUUUUUCGACUUAUGUAAAACAGAUGAUUUUGCAAAAACACUUCUUUAUGUUGAUGUUCCCUCUUACUAUGUAUGGAAAAAUAAUAGAUUUGAGAGAAGAAAACGUGGAAUUACCGUAAAUGGUUGGCCGGGAAUAAAACCUGAUCAAGCUCUGGGUAGAGUAUAUACCAUUCACCCUAAUAAUACCGAGUGUUACUAUCUUCGACUUUUACUUCAUGAAGUCCGAGGUCCUACAUCUUUUUUGAAAUUGAAAACUGUUAACGGCACAAUUCAACCUACUUAUCAGACAGCGUGUAAGGCUCUAGGCUUACUGGAAGACGAAAGGCACUGGGAUACAACUAUGGAAGAAGCUGUGCUUUGUGGUUCUCCAUUUAAAUUACGGGAACUUUUUGCAAUUAUGUUGAUAUUUUGUCAAUUGUCAGAUGCUUUAAGUCUUUGGGAAAAAUACAAGGACAGUCUUUCAGAAGAUAUACGACAUCGAGUGGAGUUGGAUAUACAACCCGAGAAUGUGAAUUCAAUUAUUAAUGAAGUAUACAAUAAAUGCUUAGUUACUCUUGAAGAUACUGUUCUAUCUCUGGGAGGUACAUCUUUGCAACAUUAUGGUUUACCUCAGCCAUCAAGAUGUGAAGCAGUCUUACAAAAUAAAGAUUACCUUCGAGAAAUCAAUUAUGAUUCAAAUAUUUUGGCACAGUAUAUAAAUUUUAAUGAACAUUUACUAAAUAAUGAACAGUCCUAUGUAUAUAACAAAAUAUUAGAGGGCAUUGAAAAGAACACUGGCCAAAUAUUUUUCUUAGACGCACCUGGAGGCACUGGUAAAACAUUUGUCAUAAAUAUUUUAUUGGCCAGAGUACGAAAAGAUCAUGGAAUAGCUUUGGCUGUAGCUUCUUCAGGCAUCGCUGCUACAUUGCUAGAAGGAGGUAAAACAGCUCAUUCUGUAUUUAAAUUACCAUUAAACCUAACGAGAGUAGAGACACCUAUGUGCAAUAUUUCCAAACAGAGUAAUAUAGCACAAGUUCUAAAAGACUGUAAGUUAAUAGUUUGGGAUGAAUGUACAAUGGCCCACAAGGGUGGCUUUGAGGCCCUCAAUAGAACAUUAAAAGAUAUAAGGGGAUAUAAUAAUUUGAUGGGUGGAGUCACUGUGCUGCUAGCAGGAGAUUUUCGGCAAACAUUACCCGUUAUACCUAGGGGUACAAAGGCUGAUGAAGUAAAGUCAUGUCUAAAAGCUUCGUAUUUGUGGCCACAUAUCCAGAAAGUUGCACUUCAUAAAAAUAUGAGGGUUCAUGUGAAAGGUGACACAUCUGCGGGGAUUUUCGCUGAGAUGUUAAUUAAAAUAGGAGACGGAAAUUUCCCUUCAUUGGAAGGUGAGAUCACUAUUCCCUCAAAUUUGUGUACAGUUGUUAGCUCUUUAUCAGAACUAACUUCCAGAAUUUACCCAGAUAUAAUAAAUAUCAAGAUGAAACCCAUCGAAUGGUUGUGCGAGCGAGCCAUCUUAACUCCAAAGAACGACAAGGCAGCAGAAAUCAAUGAAAUUCUACUAAAGGCAUUUAAUGAAAAAUCUGUUGAAUAUAAAUCUUUUGAUUCGGUGAUCCAAUCGGAUGAUGCUGUCCAUUACCCUUUAGAAUUUCUUAAUACUCUGAAUCCUUCUGGUCUUCCAUCACAUAAACUUAUCCUUAAAAUUGGAGCACCUAUAAUGUUACUAAGAAAUCUUAACCCACCUAAAUUGUGUAAUGGAACUAGAUUGCAAGUUAAAUCUCUGCACAAAAAUGUAAUAGAAGCUAUAGUUAUCACUGGGUGUGCUAGAGGAGAUAUAGUUUUAAUCCCGAGAAUAACGUUAAUCCCAACUGAUUAUCCCUUUGAGUUUAAAAGAAUACAAUUCCCACUCAAAGUUUGCUUUGCUAUGACUAUUAAUAAGUCUCAAGGACAAUCAUUGGGCAUGGCAGGGAUUGAUUUAAGAGAAGAAUGUUUUUCACAUGGACAGUUCUAUGUCGCAUGUUCUAGAGUUAGCUCUGCCAGUAGUUUGGUUAUUUUAGCACCAAAAGGCAGUACCAAAAAUACUGUUUAUAAAGAGGUAUUGAGAUGA